AUGAGCUCAGCACUUCGAGGACCGGUGCCUUCAUUCCACCUGUUGCGCUUCUUGCGAUCCCAGACCGAACACGCCUCGCCAGGCUCUCGAUGCACCAUCACAUCAUGCUCCAGACAGAGCUCGCCAACACCACGACGGCCGCCAAGAUGCCUCGCCAGGCUGGAGACCCGACGCUCGAUUUCCACACCAUGUAGCCUUCUCGCCACCCGGCCCCUGCGGUCACGAACACAAGCAUCAGUGCAGACACAGUCUACACUGAUGAAUGCCACGGCAGGCCUGCCAUCAGCGACAUGCUUCAGCACAACGAGCACGCGCCGGGAGAAGCAGGUCGACGACGCCGGCAAGACCGAGAGGGCACCCUCGUGGAAGGAGAAGCUCUGGGGCGUCGGUGCCAGGCGUGGUGCCAAGCCGCUCCAGCCCACCGACCUGCCGACCCACGACCAAGUUGGCGACGGCAGCUCCAUGUUCAACUACCGCCGCAUCCUCACGGCCAAGGCCGCCUCGGAACCCCGUCUGCGGUGUACCGAGGUCGACGAGGACGGCGAGGUCAUCCUCGUCGAUGGCGAGUUCAAGAAGACGGAGCUCAUUGCCAAGUACGGCCUGCUGCCUCGCGAUCUGCGCAAGAUUGACUCGUCCAACCUCCCCCACAUCCUCGUCCGCCCGUCGGCCAUCCUCCUGAACCUGCUCCACCUCAAGGUCCUCAUCAAGAAGGACCGCGUCCUCCUCUUUGACAUUUACGGCUCCAAGACGUCCUACCCGCAGUCGGCCUUCAUGUACGACCUCCAGGGCAAGCUCAAACAAAAGAUCCCCCAGGGCGGCGGCGGCCUCGAGGCCGACUUUGAGGCGGUGCGCGACCCCGUCAUCCGCAUCCUCAGCGAGCUCGAGGACGACAUUGACCGCCACAAGCUGCGCGUGCUGCUGAUCCUGUCCAAGCGCGUCAGCACCUUUGAGCAAAAGGCCAAGCUCGUGCGCGACGCCAUCGAGGAGCUGCUCGAGGCCGACGACGACCUCGCCGCCAUGUACCUCACCGAAAAGGCCCACGACCUGUACCGCGGCGAGGACGACCACACCGAGGUCGAGCUGCUGCUCGAGUCGUACAACAAGCUGUGCGACGAGAUUGUGCAGGAGGCGCAGAAUCUUGUGUCGAGCAUUCGCAACACCGAGGAGAUCAUCCGCGCCAUCCUCGACGCCAACCGCAACUCGCUCAUGCUGCUCGAGCUCAAGUUCAGCAUCGGCACGCUGGGCCUCGCCAUGGGCACGUUCCUCGCGGGCCUCUACGGCAUGAACCUCGAAAACUUCAUCGAGGACACCAACUGGGGCAUGGGCGCCGUGACGGGCGUGUCCGUCCUCUUCUCGCUCAUCGUGUGCUGGUACGGCCUCAUCAAGCUGCGCAAGGUCCAGCGCGUCAAGAUGAUGUACGACGAGCGCGGCGGCGGCGGCCUCGGCGGCAGCCUCGGGUCGCGGCAGCACUGGUUCAAGGACGACGGGCCGGCGCAUCUGCUGCAGGCGACGAACCGCGAAAAGUUUCGUCGCCUGGCGGGGCAGAAGGCGGCCAAGGCGACGCGGCGGUGGAUCUAG